AUGAUAGCUGCCACCCUGCUCGCUGCCGCGGUUCUCUCCAUACAUCCCAUCGGCCUCAGAAUCUGCAAGAAUAGCGUCUGCCGCAAGGCGGGCUCGGCGGACACACUCGAUUCCCUCUUUGCGCUGGCUGCCGCCUCCGAUCAGGCCAACUCCAACCAGAACGGCGGAGUGGCGCUCGCGACGCUGCAGGAGGCCUUCGCGGCAAGCCGCGUCCAGGCGUGCGGCUGCCUGGGCGGCUGCGGGUCCGGCCCCAACGUGGUCACCACCGACGGCGGCCCGUCGGACGUCUUCCACGACGUCUACAAGCCGUCAUCGUGCGCUGCGCUCCUGGACCAUGUGGGCGUGACCGUGCCAGAGGCGGCGCAGCGAGCGUGGCUGCGGCGCAUGUACGCGAUGCGGGCGCUGCGCUCCAAUAAGGGUGGUGAGGCCUUGGCGCUCCUCACCGAGGCGCUGCAGGAGGCGUCGAGUCUCAAGGGCCGGGCGGCGCAUCUGCUGACGCUGCUGCUCGAGCAGCGGGCGGACGUGCACGAGAUGCUGCGCGACGCGCCGAGCGCGCGCGACGACCGCGAGCGCGCCGCGAGGCUGCGCGCCAUGCCCGCACCGGUCGCGUGA